CGAGUUGGUAAACUUUAAGAUCCUGAAAGCACUGCAUUUAGAAAUUGAUAACGAUUCAAUAAAUUCACUAAUUGUAGCUUUCGCUUCUAAUCCCAUAAUAUUCAGAAACAUAAAUCUCCAAAAGUAUAUGAAACGUCAUCUUUCAGGUUGUCUUCUGACAUUUUCGUAUUCGUAGAUUACACUUUUCGCGGAUAGGUCAUUAUGAAAUGCGAAUGUUCUAUAUAUUCAUCAUAAUUUAUUUUACUUCUCUCCUUCAUGGUUGCGCAACGAAGAAACUCUUGAAACCUAGCUUUUUUCCUUAUUGCACAACCAGAGACAAAUGCAAGCCUGCCUGUACCUGCGAGGUACAACCAAAUUGUGUGUUAUUGACAAUGGAUGAAAGUAUACGAAGCAGUAUUUUAUUCUACCACAACCAAAUCCGGGAUAUACAAAGCGCAGCAGAACCACAACCAGCUGCUAUGACCUUGUUACAGUACGACAUGGAAUUGGAGGAGAUAGCAAUAUGCUGGGCAGCUCGAUGCGAAAACGAAUACUCGGAAUGUUUCGUAACUUCCAGGUUCUCCGAAACUUCACAAUCUGUAAUUCAGUUAGUUCUAGCUGAUGGACAACAGCCAAACGUAUUCCUCUGGAUGCAAGUUAUGAACGACUGGUUGGGUCAGGUGAGGACAUUAUCAGCUGAGACGAUCCAGAGUAUUCCCCCAGGGGAGAAAGGUGAAAAACUGCAUAACUAUGUCCAGCUAAUGAGUGACAGAAUUCUUGCUAUCGGCUGCGCCUGGAGCAUGUCUGGUAACGUUCUUACACUUGUGUGUACCUACGGUCCCAGAGGCCCACUUCAGGGAGAAUCUGUGUAUAAAACUGGAUAUCCGUGUUCCCUUUGUCCUGGAGGAUAUGCUUGUGAUUACGUGAAACCUUUCGAACAGUUAUGCAAACUCAGGAUAUAUUCUGCAGCAUCGCCACAGCAAGGAACUGCAGUCCAAUUCGAAACACCACCGCCACCACCUCCUUUACCCCAACUACAGGAAAAUUCAAUAGAUGAUGCCCAAUAUUCCCAGCCCAUGCUAAUUCCUGCACCACCACCCCUACCUGGUAAUCCCCCAGUGGAUCCUUCUCUUGGUCAGGAACCUCCUGACAUGGGAGGGCCGAUUCAGGCUCCUCAGCUGCCAACUCCUCCACAAAUGUUAACUGCGCUUCCCAUUGUUUCUGCAACGACAAUACCAACAACAUCAGCAACGGUAAGGAUAGUCAGGGAUGAUAAUUCUGAGCCUAGGCAGAGGAGUUCGGUGGGUAAAAUGCGGAUUGGUAAAACUCUAAUAGCUCUAUGUUUAUUCGUAAAAAUUAUUGUAUUAAAAUAAUGUUAUAUUGCGUUGUUUCUGAAUAAAUUGGAUGUUAGUACCAAUAUCAAA